GGAUCAAGUUCAAUUGAAUUUUAGAAAUCGCAAUAUAUUGCAAAAGUAGUUAAAACUUAAAUUAGAGCUAAAAAUUUUGUCUCUGAUAUAUUCGCGCAACAAAGAAAGUAAAACAAAAGAAUACUCAUACUGCAUUUCGCUUGCCAAGCAGUUGAGAAGACAGUUUCUGAUGGUGAACAUGUCUAGCGCGGUGUUUACAAGCAAUCCAAAAAAUAGUGCACCGCUGCAAUACUACAGCAAAGAUAACAAUAGCAGCAACACAGCGCCGUCUCAUCGUCAACUCAGCGCCGCAGUGAAAAUGUUCAAAUACCAAAAUAUCGCGCCAGCGCCCACGCCAAUGCCUGCGGGGUGCGCAGGCGCUGAGAUUAAAACGCGCAAAUAUACGCCGCGCGCGCCCAGCGCCGGCGGUGGACCCUUUAGCGUCGAUCAAACGCAAUCGGUGCAGCGGCGCAAUGCACGCGAGCGCAAUCGCGUCAAGCAGGUGAACAAUAGCUUUGCGCGCCUACGCCAACACAUUCCACAAACAAUCAUCACCGAUCUGCUGAAGGGCGGCGGUCGUGGGCCGCAUAAGAAGAUAAGCAAAGUGGAUACGCUACGCAUUGCGGUGGAGUACAUUCGCCGUCUGCAAGAUUUGGUGGAUGACUUGAAUGCGGGUAGCAGCGCAACACAAACGGUGAACAGCUCACGCGCCAGCGGCAGUGGACUAUUAGCAAUCGCUACAGACAACAACACAACCACAAGUAAUAGUUCAUUCUCUAGCAGCACUAGCAGCACCAGCAGUAUCCUCAGCUUACUUGCGGCUGAUUCGCCUGCGCGCAAUUCAACCAAUGGCAGCGGACUUGCUGCGGCUGAACAGUUGUACUAUGCCAGCGCUGCUAAUAGCGCUUUGCAAUCUUUCCAUCAGCAGCAGCACCAACAGCAGCAGCAGCAGCAACCUCAGCAACAGUUUACCUCCGCGCUACUCACCGCCGAAGCUUUGCAAGCAUAUUCGCCGCAGCCAACACAAACGCAGACGCAACUCGAUGCUGGUUGUCCGUCGCCCACCUCGUCCUUCAACUCAAGCAUGUCCUUUGAUUCGGGCACCUUUGUGCACUCGCCUGCGCCACAGCAACAGCUAUCGCCACUGCAACAUGCCGGAGUGGAUGCGCAGCGCGGCAGCGGUAAUAACAACGCGAGCGCGCAGAUUGAUGCAAAUUUGCAAUUGAAAUUCGAGCCAUAUGACAGCUUCAAUUUGCAUGAGGAGGACUGUGCGCCCGACGACGAGGAGAUACUCGACUAUAUAUCGCUGUGGCAGGAACAGUGAGUGCCGGGAGCAGGCGACAAGUUGUGACUGAAAGUGAAAUGCUUGUGUGAAAAUAUUUGUUUGUACAUAUCAAUACGUUCAGGGAUACAAUGCCAGUGAAAUGUUUGCAUGAUUUUUAUUUUAUUUUUUUGGUUUCAUUUUGCAAGCGUGUUUGUAAAUACAUUCUGUGCUUUUUAAUGUAGUUUACUCAGUUACCUAGUCAAAAUAGUUAAAUUUGCCAAUUUGUCUUUAAAUUUUUUUCCUUUAUUGGUAAGGAAUUGGUAGUAUGUAGUGUAAGACUUUGUGUGCCUUAGUUGAAAAUUAUGUCCAUGGAGAGAUAUGACUAAUUGUUAAGCCUAACAAAUAAUUUAAUAAUUAGUUUUAAGCGAAAAUGGGAAACAAUAAUUAGCGUUAAAAAGACCAAGCAAACCAC